AUGAGUGCAAAGUCACUAUUCCCGUAUCUGACUCGCUUGAAAGCUGGACACUCGCUCUCGAGGGCUCUGCCUUGCAGUUGUCGACGCGCCGCUCAUUCUGCUCCUAUCAAGCCAGCUUUCGCGCAGUCAAAACGACUCUUCCACCAAACAAUUCCAAUGAAACAGUCUUCAGGCUCGAAGGACCUCUUUCGCUACACCUCAGGUCGAUGGCUUGUCGACGAAAAGGUCCAGCAGCAAGCGCGUUAUGUGAAAUUUAACCUGGAUCAACUGUGUCGCCUAGCUGCUACACAGUUCAGCGACACAGCAAAGUGUACUCGCGUUGUCAAACUGGAAGGAAACUUCAACAAAGCACUGCUCCUGACCAUGGACGAUGGCAACGAGGUCAUCGCAAAGCUCCCUUGUCCAAACGCCGGUCCACAGUCGCUGACCACUGCGUCUGAAGUUGCGACUCUGAAAUUCCUGCAGUCGAGAACGUCUAUUCGGGUGCCGAGGGUCUUUGCGUGGAGCUCAGAUGCUGCAAAUCCCGUAGGCGCGGAAUUCAUCAUCAUGGAGAAGAUUGGCGGGGUCGCGUUGGCAGAGACGUGGGCGACAAUGAGCACGUUGCAGCGCUACAAAGUAAUCGAUCAAGUCGUACAAGUUGAGAAAGAGCUUGCCGGUAUAGCUUUUCCGGCAUACGGCAGUCUUUUCCUUCGCGAGUCGUUGCCUGCUGCGAUCCGACAGUAUCCGCUCCCUCCGGAGCUGGAUCCGGAGGGGCUCUUUUGCAUUGGGCCAUCGUGUAAACGAACAUGGUGGCACGGCAAUUCAGUUGACAUGUCUCGGUCCUUGUCCAAAGAUCUGGGGCCGUGGGUGGGCUUACCGGAAUACGCGUCGUCAACUGUCCAGCGAGAGUUUGCUCAUAUUGCAGGGUCAGGAGCAGAGGUGCAGCGUGAACUCGAUCAUUUCGACGAAUCCCAAUCUGCAGAUGAAUAUCAAAGCCUCCUGGAAAGAGUGAACAUGAUACUGCCGACAUUGUCGCAUGACGAACGCGUGCUAGAUUUUUCUGAGCCCGUCCUAUGGCAUACCGACUUGCACUUGGGAAAUAUCUUUGUCUCGCCAAGCGAGCCUAGUACUAUCGAAGGAAUUAUCGACUGGCAAUCGGCCCAGUCCGCCCCCUUGUUCCUACAAGCUCGAUUCCCGGAUUUUCUUACGCCACCAAAGAAUUACACGAUUGGCCCUGACUUACCGGGCUUGCCUGAUGGUUUCGAGGAUCUAAGUCCCGAGCAGCAAGAGCAAGCCACCAACGAGAAAGACUUGGCAUUGAGGUGUAAGUACUACGAGAUGUCCUGCCUCGCGCAUAACCAACACGUUCACGAUGCUAUGAGGCUGGAUCGCAGACUGUGGGAGCCCUUCGUUUGCAGCCAGUUAUCCUCCCAUGGCAGUUUGGUCCCAAUACGCGAAUGUCUGAUCCGUUUGUCCGAGGACUGGUCUGCAUUGGGUCUCCAAGGGAAUUGUCCCUUCCAGAUCCCAGAAGAUGAAAGGAAAAAGCACGAUGAACAAAGGAUGCAAUAUGAAGACAGUGUUUAUCUGUGGGAUCUUGUGACGAAGCAUCUGCUGACCGAUAGCUCCGGCUGGGUUCCGCAUGACAGAUGGGAGGCGACGAAAGAGGCAAAUCGCGAGCUCUAUACGAUGUAUAGCAAAAUGAUGAGCGAAGAGCUGGCGCCCGAAGCAGCCCGGAGGAUAUGGCCUUUCCCUCCAGAAGCCUGA